AUUUUAUUGACUUGCUAGUGGAGACGCUUUAUAAUCUAACUAAUAAUGAGUAACAUUCCUAUAUACAAAUGUGACAAGUGGAUUUCGUACUUUUUACUAUAAGAUUGAAGAGUUAACAACCCUGAGUAAUAUGUCUUUGCUGUCGUACUCGCGUAAAGUCAUCGUUGGAGGUUUUUGUAGAAAUGGACAAAUUGUUUUUAAAUUAAAACUGCUAAAAAAUCACGAAUCUAAAUAAGUCAAAAUUGUGUAAAGAAGUUGUCAGGGGAUCAAUAAAUAAAAAAGAUAAAUGGGUGAAAAAUACUUGAAAUUGGAUAAAAUGUGCGAAUAGGAAACGAAAAACGAAUUUCCAAGAGAAUAAAAUAAGGUUAAAAAAGGUGGAGAGCCAGUGUGAACACAUAGAACAUAAAGGAGAAGAAAAAGUUUUACACAAAAAAGGAAAUUGGUGUAUUAAAGAAAAAAUAGUGAUAAUUUCGAUUUUUGUAGUCAGGGAAAGUUGCGCGUCAGUUUUUUUAAGUUUACGUUUGAAAAGAGAGGAGCUUUGGGCAAAUACUGCAGUUCUGGUCACUGCAUCGCGUGUGUGGAAAAAGUGCAAAAAUUCACAAAGGGGCUCGGCCCCAAAAUCACGGCCGUUUAUUAACUUGUCAAUUUGAUGAUUGACAACUUAAAAUAAGAAAACAAAAAAAUAAAAAAUUCUAUCGGUUAUUGCUUCAUAAGGAUAAAUCUGUUUCUAAGAAGAUAUAUUAGUCAAAUAACUAAAUAAUUAAUCAAUUGACUCCGAACAGUUAUAGUGAAUUAUACUAAAAUAAAAUUUGUUCAUUAUGGACGAAGACGACAACAUAUCUAGUGGUGGCGACAUAAACAAUGAAAUUUCAAAUGGUCGUGUUGGUGGUGGUAAUGCAAGAAGCAAUGAUAUUUCGAACGUUGAUAAUGAAAUAACAGAAGAUGAUGAAUUUGAUGAUGUUGAUAUUUCGAUGGUAGUUAAUUUACCAUCAGGUGUCUCUGUUAGCACAUCAGGAAACUCAGAACCUAGGUCACAGUCUUCAUAUGUAGCCGUUGCCAAUGCUCCUAUUUCGGUGCGAGCUGGACUCGAUUUUCCUGAUUGGGAAUCGGUAGCUACAACCGAAACGGAUGAAGACCUGCUAACAGAUGCUUCAUCUAUUGCUUCGAGCUCGGCAAUGGCCGCGGGAAUAGUGCCCGGUAGCACAGGUGGAGCUAAACCAAGUUUUUUCUUUGGAACAUCAACAUCAUUUAGCUUAAGAAGUCGCAAAGAGGUAGCAGCACUGAUCAAUGCCGAGUGUUGUCGAAGUGAGAAAACACCGGAAUUGGACGCAAUUGUGGACAAACUUUUUAACCCGGGAACGCCUAUAGACAAUGCUGAUAAUAUUGAGUGGAUUCGUUGGUUAAUUGCUGGAGGUCGCACACCGCAAGAAUUCGUAAGAAUUGUACGAAGCUAUGAUAAUCAUGCAAAAUGCGGUCUUGUGUGGGUACCGCAUGUAGUGGCGUACCGGUGUCGUACAUGCGGAAUUUCACCAUGUAUGUCAAUUUGCCGAGACUGCUUCAAGAAAGGAGAUCACACCAAUCAUGACUUCAACAUGUUCUUAUCACAAGCAGGCGGCGCAUGUGAUUGUGGUGAUACUUCUGUAAUGAAAGCUGAGGGUUUUUGCAGCGAUCAUGGAAUCAACAAUCGAACCAAUAAAGAGCCUGUACCGCCUAACUUACUCGCCGUAGCAGGAGCAAUAAUGCCUAAAUUACUUUUCCGAUUGCUACAGCACUUUAGAGAGCAUAGUGAUGCAACUUCUCAAACUUACAAUCUGGCUGCCUACUCAUGUGAAGAAUUUACGAAUAUGUUGAUCGAUUUAAAUAAUAUGGGUGAAAUAAUGCGUAAAGUAAUGACUAGAGCGCUUAUUAAUCCAGAUGUCUAUACAUUUUUUACUGAAUCUCCUUGCUUGGAUACCAGACAUGGCAGAUUUUUGAAGUCAAAUCGUGAAAAAUAUGAAGAUGCCGUUAAUCGCUUUCCUCGUCCAGAACCUCCUGAUGAUUAUAAGCAUCUCCCAGCAUUGGGGGAAAAGUUGGUUCACACAACUCUUUUAGAAGAAUUCAUUUUUUGGACAUUUAAGUUUGAAUUCCCACAAAAUUUGGUGUGCUUUUUGCUUAAUAUGCUGCCUGAUCAAGACUACAAGGAACAUCUCACUCGGACUUUUGUAAUGCACUAUAGCCGAAUACCAUCUGUUUUGGAAAUGUCUCGUGAUCCAGAUACACUUAGUAAUCGAGUAGUACAUAUGAGUGUUCAACUUUUUUCCAAUGAGAGUUUAGCUUUGAAAAUGGUUAAAGAGUUAUCUUUGCUGCAUGUAAUGAUAAUCAGUCUCAAACUAAUGAUGUCAAAAAUAUUAAUCCAAAAUACUUUACAUGAUCCAAAUAAAAAUUUCCAUUUUGUAAUCGAUUGUACUCGCCAAGUGAUGAAAGAUCAUUGCUACUGGCCACUCGUUUCUGACUUCAACAAUGUGCUCUCUCAUGAAUCAGUGGCUUUGGUCUUCUUACGUGAUGAUAAUCUAAUCGACAUGUGGUUUCAGUUUCUGUCCAUGCUGCAGGGCAUGAAUGUGAAUGUUCGAGAAACAACAUCUCAUGUGGAAUUUGAACCGAAUUCCUAUUAUGCAGCGUUCUCGUGCGAGUUAGAAGCAAGUGCUUACCCCAUGUGGUCUAUAAUUUCACAUUUGCAGGAUGGCACACAUGCUCAUUUAGCCAAAAAAAUAAUAACAUACUGUGUUAAUACUCUACAUGAAUGGCUGGAUGCCAUUUACUUUUUGGAACCUAAAUUGUCGCCGGAUGAAAUGAUGCAAGCGUCCUUUCACUUUCCACUACAUCGAUACUUGGCAGCGUUUCUUUGUCAGGCUGUCACCAAAAUGGGGAUGUCACUAUCAGAAGUGCUGCCUACUAGGUCAUACAUAUUGCCUCUUUUAAUGAUACAUCCUCUGCGUGUUCAGAGUUUCUUCUAUGAGAUACUGGCUGGAAAAUGGGUGCGUAAUGGACUACAAAUCAAAGGUCAAGCCAUGACCUAUAUCCAGGCGAAUUUUUGCAAUUCUAUGGCGGACAUGGACCUAUUCUUUCUGCAAAUCUGCGCAACGAAUUUGCCACAAUACUUCUUUUUGCAGAACACAAUUGAGCUUUUCGGUGUAGGGCAGUGGUUAGAGUUUGCACCAUUAAAACAGCCUCAGAAGUUGGAACAGUGCUCAAUGCUUGAGGGAUUCUUAACGUUUUUAGCAACGCUUGUAACUAGUCGUACAAAUCUCGGCAAUGACGAGGCUACACAGUGUAUCAUUGAGAUAAGUGCAUUACUCGCUACUGAGAAUAAGACACAUUCUCAAUUGUUAGAAUUGAUGCCGGAACGAUCUGGAAAUGUACAUACGAAAAACUUUGAAAACUUUCUCAAAAAGCUGUCUGUAUACAAGGCUCCUUCUUCGGGUUCGGAAAAUUUGGAACAAGGUCUUUUUACACCGAUUGAUGAUGUGUGGGAACAGCACUAUGAUCCUUUGCAUGUACUUUUGCGUGCAGUACAUCGGCGGGACUUUCAAUCGUCUCUCGAUCGUUUUACAAACUAUGUUAAAAGUAAGAAUAAGAUGCCAGCUAGUGGUAAUUUGUGGCCACCGUUUCGAUUGCCAAGGAACGUCGGCGUGGCUUUUAGUGAUCCAUGUUGUAUUCUCAAUUCUCGUGUGUUUCACUCCACUAUACUAUCAAUUUUAUUUCGAGCAGUGCAUUCGCGCGACGUAUCUGAGCACUUGUUAGCGUUGGCAAUAUUCCUAUUAGAAAUUGCUGUUGAGAAGAGUAACGACACUAAUGGUAGUGGCAUUGACAAGGCUGCCAUCGUGGAAUGUGAACCAAAAAACAAGCAUGGCUAUCCAUUUUCUUUGAGACGUGAUCCACCAAAACUUUUCCAUUGCUAUCCGACUGAUAAUCUGCGAUGUAAUUUACGUUAUGUCGUCUCAAAGCUAUCUUUAAAGUCUCACGAGCCACAGGUAUCGCCAGCAAGUUACCGUUCCAAUCAAUUUUAUGGGGAUUUAGAUUAUGAUGUUGAAAGCGAUACGGCGGCUGCUUUACCCAUGAUUGGCGGCAGUGAUGACGACUUGGAUGAUGAUUCAAUGAGCGUAAGUGUGGCAAGCGGAACGUCGACAGCGAUGGUGCGAAUGCAAAAUAUGGAAGUGGCCUUGCCUCCAGAUCUUUCAGUAGUACCAGAACAAAGCUUAGUAAUCAGACAAGAUAGCCAGGAUGAUGAUACGUUGCGAGAUGCCGAUAAUGCUAUUGAAGGUGCUUCACCAUCAGUGGGUUUUCGCUUCUCAUUACAACCUAUUACAUUACCCGAAAGUGGAAUGGAAGUGGCUAUAAGAAGGGAAUUGCAAUUACUAGCUGGUGGCAGUGUUAAUGCUGGUGGAGGGAGUGGAGGAAGUAGUGGAACAUCGGCAAGCGGUUUAAGAAGGACUACGGAAGUUCAACAUAAUCCACAACAACAAAAUGAAAUGUUUUCACCCAGUGCUAACAAUGCAAAUAGCAUGUUAUUGCCAUUUCAACGGGUACAACCUGUUGCUGUACCGAUCGGUAGUCGAAGCAUAGUUCCCACAACAACAAUACGUGGAGUGGUGGGGGUUCCUACGUUGAGUGGGCGUCGAACUUAUGAUUCGGCUUCACGUAAACGAACUACCCAGUUGGUAGACAAUGCGAUUGGGGGACAUAACAAAGACGAAGUCCCCAUCGAGGAAAGCAUUCUUUCGUUACUCUUGAAGCUACAUUCACAGCUUAGUGGCACAUUGGAUAGUUUCUCAUUAAGCGAUGGUGAAGAUGAAGAAGCAGAAGAAGAUACUGACGAAAGGAUGCAGUUUUUAAGCUCAAGUAUGGCAAAAGACCGACCUAAGCAUGUGAAUAUUGAAAAUGAAAUAACAGCAAAAGCAACAUCUGUUAAUCAUUUAGAAAAGGAAAGACUGUCAAAGAUAGACGAAUCAAGUAAUCCAUCGUAUAGCGCAAAAGAUUCACCUUCAGCCAUGGAUAUAGACUGCUUGGAAGCCAGCACUUCUGCUGCCGCUUCUAACCUUAACCUAGAUUCUAGUCACCGGGAACACAAUCACAGUAGCACGAGUAGAAAGCGAAUUCGUAAUUAUAGGAAAAUUCGAAUAUCCGAUUCUCGGAUUGGUGAUGGCCCCUAUUUUAUUGGCAAUCUUAUACGAAAAAUAGCAAAGCGUGAUGAGUUGUGUGCCCAAAGCAUUGACGAGAUACGUUCUACACUUUGGCCGAAUCAACGUGAAAAACAAGCCGAGCAAAAAGCUCGCGAGACUAGGGAGAAAGAAGAUCGUCGUAAGCGCGCACGCGAGCGUCAAAUGAAAAUGAUGCAAGAUUUCGCAAAUAAGCAAAAAGAAUUCAUGCAAACGGCUGCUCAUACCAUGGAAGGCAAUAUGGACGACGAAGACGAUGAUAUUUUCGAAGAGCAGCCGCGUGAAAAGGAGUACGAUUGUAUUAUUUGCAAUUGCACAACACCCAGUACUGAAUCCAAUCCUAUUGGACUGGUUGUAUUGGUUGAAUCUAGCGGCAUUGUUGGACAUCGACGUCGAACCGCUGAACGGUUGCCGUUGCCACUUUGUCUCGAAGACGAGGAGCGGUUAAAACAAACUACACGGUUAGCAAUUGAGUUUAACCGGCGUACUGAUUUAUUGAGUUUAAAAUUUGGCGAAGAGUCAUGGUAUCUCUCCAACAAUAUGGCCUACGAAAAUGGUGUACAUGUGCAAUCGUGUGGCCAUCAUGUUCACCUCAGUUGCCUUGAUGCUUAUCUGAAAACAUUGUACGCCACACAACGACAACAUCAGCAUGAACGAGGGGAGUUUUAUUGUCCAGUCUGUAGGCAGCUGUCUAAUUCGGUAUUACCAUUGAGUCCCCAACUGGAUAGACCAACGCCGAUGGUACGAUCAGGUACCCAACCUUUUGAGCAGCUUGUAGCUGAAUUGACGAAUCUAAUCAAAGAAAAUGUGCGGCCAACGCAGACGUCAACAAAACUAUCGGAGGCCAUGGGUCGCGCAAUGGAGGACAUGACAAAUAUUACUCAUCGUAAAAUGAAGCGUGUACCGCCAACAUUACGCAGUCUAUUCGUCUUUGUGACAUCAAUUGCUCGUACAAAUUUAGAGUCGGAAAUUAUACAGCGCGGGGGUUCUUUAUGCACAACAAAUUCAACACGCUACAAAGCGAAGCGCGACUGCAUAGUUCCUUUACUGCAUGUGUUAUCUGUACACGUUCGGGUGUUGGUGGAAUGGCCACUUUGGCGAUCUUGGGCUUCACUUGCUGGUUUACCGGUCAGCGAUUCGGCUCCAGUGCCUUCGCAUUGCCUCGAACUGAUACCUAGCCUUUUGGCCGACCCCAUAGCGUUACUGUUGAAAUUUAUUUUGUUAGCUCCUCUACAUUUAGACCAAGAUUUCUUCACUUGCAUGGUUAAGGUUAUGUACAAUUUAUUGUACUACCAAAUAGUUGUUCAACUAUGCGUUACACUCACUGAUUUAGAAUGCGAAUAUAUAAUAUCGAAAUUUAACAAAUCUCCUUCCAUUGAUGAUGAUGAUACUAUUGGCCGACGAAAUUCUUCCCGUACAAUUGGUGCUACCUCAUCGAAUAUACCGUAUUUGGGACGUGCUAUGGCGUUGGUAUUGAAUAACACAAAUCGUAUGUCACAUUUGCGUCGAGAAAGCAUACCAAGUACGUCAACGGCUGCUGCUGCCGCGGCAAACGCGAAUUCCGCGGGAUUCUAUGCAUUUUCUGGUCUUGGAUAUUCAGCGAAUAACAGUGGUGGUGGUGUUGAUGCGGGCGUUUCAAAAUCUGAUGUCGAAGUAAAUCUCAAGUCCAUGGAAGCUCAAUUACAAACACUAUGCUUGCCAUUUUUACGCAUAGCAGCAUUGUUACGGCAACAUUUAUACAGACAUGAUAUGCCCGAAAUAUCCGCACCAGGAUUGGAGUUCGUGCGUCUUGUUUAUUACUUGGAACUAGUUACAGAUUCAAUGGACUGGGACUGCUUUAAUGCUUCGAAGGGGUUAUGCUUCAUAUCUGGCACCGAGGAAACGUUGCCUAAAUUUUGGUGUGAGCAAUUAAUGGAUAUUCGGCCUCCAACAGAUACAGUUCGUGAGCUUGUUAUCUUAAAUCAGCAUGGAUCAUGGCAACAACCAAAACUUCUCGAAUUACCUCGCGAGUAUGAGCGUUUAUUCACGUAUUACCACGAACGUCCAUGUCUGAACUGUUAUAAAGUGCCGAAAGAGAGCUCGAUUUGUUUAUUAUGUGGCACAAUUGUGUGUCUUAAACAAACAUGCUGUGCAGAAAAUGACUGUUGUGAAGCGGUUCGCCACACAAUUACUUGUGGGGGUGGAAUCGGAAUAUUUCUUGUCGUUACAUCGACAUAUAUAAUAGUGAUUCGCGGUAGACGUGCUUGCCUUUGGGGUUCGUUGUAUUUGGACGAUUUCGAUGAAGAAGAUCGAGAUCUCAAGCGUGGAAAGCCUCUUUAUCUAAGUCAGGACCGUUUCAAUUUAUUGGAAUCGCAAUGGCUGUCACAUAAAUUUGCGCAUACAAAACAUACAUGGGUAUUCCAUCGAGAUUUAUUGUGAAAUAUGGAAGAGCUAUUAAGAAGUAUACAAGAAUUGGUAGGGCAAAUAUAAUUAAUUGUUCGGUCGGUAUAAAAAUGUAACAAAAUACGUAUAUUAUGAACAAUGUUCAAGUCUAAUUUAAAAUAUAUAAAAUAUCUCGAAGAAUUUGCGAAGCAAAGAAGAAUAACCAACGCGUUUCUAAAAUGCGUUAUAUACAGUUAAUAAAGGCAAAACAACUUUGCUACUACAUUAUUAAUAAGCUAUAGAUAUUUCAGUUAUAACUCGCAGCUUGCUUAUGUUUAAAUAACGUAGCUAAUAUAUUAUAAUAAAUAGAAAAUAUAAAAAGGCUUAAUGACGAUAUCUAAUAA